AUGAGCUCAGCAGAUGAAAUUAGAGCAAGUGCGUUAUUUAGCCAAUGUCCACAUUAUCAGCAAAUGGAUCUCUCCAACAUUAGGGUGGAAAAAUCGUCGAGAGACAUAUCGUUUAAGUCACUUAAAAAAGAGACAAUAUUAUCACUUUUGAACUAUAGUCAAAAAGAUUGGACGCUUCAAAAUAGACUAGUGAAGCUUGUGGUGAUUUUAGCUUUAUUAUAUCAAAAACAAUGGUCAUUUAUCCUGAAUGAUCUUACCGUUGACGAAUUAGUUACUAUUGAUGAAGAAAGGGAACUUAUAAACAUAAUAAUAGAAAAAAAUAAAUCAUUUUUAAUCAUCAAUCCACAAGAAGAAGAUCCAGAACCCCAUCCAAAUUCAACAUUUGUUGUAAAAUAUAUAUUCUUUUACUUUCUUUUGAAAAUAACUGAUAUUUUAUCAAAUAAAAAACAUUACAAUGAGAUCAAUUCAGUUCAUGUGAAAGAGAAGGUGAUGGAUUCAAAUCAAAAAUUUUCCAAAAUACAUAGCCAAGUCAAUCUCAACUAUUUAAAACAAAAUUCAAACAAUGAAUUCAUCAUUUCACCAUUCUUAGUUGAUCAUGAUCAUCCAGAUUCGGUUGGAACUUCUAUAUGUCAUGCAAAUUUUAAAAUUAUAGAUAGAAGAGAAGUUGAAAAGUUUGACUAUCUUGUUUUUGAUAAUUUUAAUACAAUUAAUGAUGUUGAAGAUUAUGAAAUUGAUUUUCAACAAAUUUUUGAUGAUGUGUCAAAUGUUAUUGAUACUGAUACAACUAAUCUUGUUUGUCCAGAGGAAUUUACCACUUCAAGGUUGAUAAAGCUCUCCAAAUCAGUUGAAAAUGAAGAUUCAACUGGAAAUAAUUUCAUUAUAGAUCUUAACAUUAACACCACUCAUGUUGAAGAUGCAAAUCAAUUAACAAAUAAUCUUGGAAUCAAUUCAGCAGCAGAAAUUCAUACAAAAAGAAUGGCUUCACUUCCAAAAUCAAUUAUCGAAUUAUUCAUCAAAAUUGGUAUUGACCAAUUUAAUCAUAAUAUAAUGAAUGGAAAUCUGCAAGAUAAUAAUUCAGAAAGUGAUACAAGUGGGCAAGAAGAUCAAGAAUUUGGAAACCAUGAUAUCGCAGAUGACGAUGAUGAUUGGUUUAAUGAUAAAGGUGAUGAUAUCCCAUUCGACAUGGCUGCAUUAACGUUUUACGAAUGGAUAUUGACGCUAUUCGGUAACAUCAAAGAGGAUCCGAUAGAAAUUUUCCAGAUCUUGAUAUUAGCAUUAUACACAUGUGGUCAAAUCCCUAAAACAAGUUGUGAGAUAAUAUUGGGUUGUUUUUCAGGUAUUGUAACAACUGAAAUUGGUAUAAAUAGAACUCAAAGUAGCAUAAUUAAUAGAAAUGGAAUCACAAAGAAUAAAAACAUUUUCAAAGAAUGUAGGGAAAUCUAUAAUGCAUCAUAUUCUAAUUAUAAAGAAAUUGAGGAUAUUGAAAAAUUCAAUGAAGUGAUUGAUGCUACAGUUUUCAAUAGAUCAUCAAGUCGUCGUGAUAAAUCAAAAUUAGAUCAUGAUAAUGAGUUCAAUAUACAAAAUUCAGAAGCUAUUGAUGAAAAAUUAGAUGUAAAUGAAGCUUUUGCUGAAGAAUUCUUGAACAAUAAAUUGAAAAAAUUGAAAAUUAUCUAUUCAGAAGCUAGACCAUCAGAAAAAUUUUGUUCAAACUUGAUAGAUGCGUUAACAAAGUUGAAAUUACUCUACAAAAUUUACAUAUGCUGUCAUUGUUCUAAUGGGACGAACUACGUAUCUCUCGAUAAGGUGUUUGAAACACUUAUUGGGGAUACAUGGGUUUGCAAAUGUUGUCAUAAAGAGAAUACUAUAACUUCAAAAUCCAAUUCAUUUACUUCUCUUUCUCCAAGAGUAUACAUUAUGUUUAUGAUGCACUCCAAGAAACUAAGUCACAUAAUAAACCAAAGCCACCAAGAAAUUCAUAGAAAUACUAGAGUCAACUCAAAUGAAUUCAUCAAUUUUCAAAAUGCCAAUUUUGUACAAAGGAUUAAAUCAUUAGAAAAACAGUUCGUGUUUGGUGUUGAUCAUGUAUCGGGUGUGGGAUUAACUAAUGAUCGAAAUCAUUAUGAAGCUGAUGCAUUGGAGCUUUCGCUCCUUGGUGAGUGGGACGGAGUGCUGAUUGGUUCAAGUUCUAAUGGCUCCAACAGCUUCUGGCCCUUAUCAUUUAGAUGUCUUGAAUUAAAUGAAUUAUCAACAAGGUAUAUUAUAAAUUCUACUAUUUUUCCAUCAUUCAAAAAGACCACAUUCAGUGAGUACCAUGAAUUGAACAUAAAUCAGUUUAUUGCUCCAAUUAUGGAUGAUAUAAAUAAAGCUGAUUUGCUUGGGACAAUGGUUUUUGAUGGUUCAGUACAAAAAUUUAAAAAAAUAUACCUAAAAGUUAUAGGUUUUACAGGCGAUGCUCCUGCAACAAGUAAAUUGACAGGAACGCUAGGCUCAACUGCUACCAAUGGUUGUCUGGAUUGUCUUUGUUAUCGUCCAAUUCAUAAUGGUAAUGAUACUGUUGAUCUUACAAAAUAUGUCAAAGAAAAAGGUUAUAAAGAAGUAUUUGAAGAUGCUGAUCUACUAAAUGAUUUCAAGAAGUAUGUGUUAGAUAACACUUCUAGUGGAUUUUGGACAGGUGAAGAGAAUAUUAUGCAAUUACCAAAACUUAAAGAUGGUGCUUAUAGAACAUAUGUUUAUGAAUUAUUACAAAACUUUCCAGAUCCAAGCUUAUUAACAAAAUAUGUUGGAUAUUCAGGUUUAAGCAAAAUCUUUUGGGGUUCCAAUGCUAUUAAUGAACUAAAGGUAAAUAUACCAAAUAGUAUGCAUUGUUUCUUGGAAAACUUAUCCAAAAAAUUAAUUUCAUUAAUUUUUAAAGUUAACAAUAGUUAUUUGGUUUAUAAGCGUUAUGCUUUACAAAACAAAAAGUUGGUGCUGGAUAUUGGUUUAAUUUUGAAUAAAAAUAUGAAGUCCUGGCCCUUAUCCUUUGGAGAACAAAUUAGAAUUGCAAAUCUUAAAGGAGAUAGUUUUUGUAAAGCUGAACAAAUAUCAUCCAUCGUGAUUCUCAUGAAUGGAAUUUUCAAGCUGAAUAUGUUUCAAAAUUGUCUUGAUCCAGAAAUCAUUAAACUAUUUGAAGAACUUCAAUUUAUGUUAAAGAUUGGGUUUUCCAAAAAGGUGAAAUUUUUUGAAAUUAAAAUCUUUGAAGAAAGAAUCCAACAAUUUGUCAAACGUUAUGAAUCAUUAUUUAGCAAAGAUCAACAUCCAUCUAUCUCAAUCACAAGAUCAUCCUAUGUCCACUCAUUAUUACACAUUCCAAUGGCCAUAGAUGAAUAUGGUCCUCUUGGUUUGUUUACCGGCUAUCGAAUUGAGCGCAAUAUGGGAGAUUUCAAACGAGGCAAUUUUGCUCGUUCCAAUAAAUCAACUGCUUUAACAAGGAAAGAUUUAGUGCUCAAGAAUGUCGUGGAUAUGAUGAUAUUACAACUAGAGGAUGAUGAAGAUAUGGUGUAUGUUAUUGAAAAUACUUCGAUUUCAGAUGAAGAAGAAGAAGAUGAUGGAGAAGAUGAAGAAGAUGAAGAAGAAGCUGCUGCUGCUGCUGAUGAUGAUCAUGAUGAUCAUGACAAUAUAAGAUCAAGUUCAGGUGUUGAUAGAAAUAGCAUCGGUGAUGAUGAUUUGGAACCAGAACCAGAAUCUAUUGAUCCAAUUGCAAAUCCAGAUAUCCAUAUAACACACGAUGUCACAUCAUCAGCUGAUGAAUAUAAAAAACUUAAAAUUCUUAGGAACUAUUUAAAGCUUAAAAUGCUAAAUAAAACACAGAAAUUUGAUGAUUUAGAUUUUGAAUUUACCAAUAAGUUCAAAAAAAGGAAAAUAUCAGAUUUUCAAAAAUUUGAAAAUUUAUUAAAAGAUGAUUCAAUGAAUGACAAAAAGAAAAUGAUAAAUGAAAAUGCAGAUGAAUUAAAAGCUAAAAUUUUAAAAGAUAUAAAUAAUACUGAAUAUUAUGAAAAAAAGUCAAACAAUAUAUUAGAUACAUUUCAUUUUCCAAAUGAAAAAUCAAGGUUCUCAAAAUACUUAAGAGAGCUAGAAUCUGCAAAUACGAUACCACCAACAGUUUUUUACAAGCAUACAAAGAAGCAAUAUGACAUAGAUUGCUCAAUUGGGACAAGUGUCCAAUGCAUAGACUCAAUGACCAUACAUAAUUUUAGUAUUGGAAAUACUAUAAUUUCAAAACAAAAUGAUAAAAAGAUACAUGAUCAUUUUGAAAAUAGUAAAUUCAAAAGAAAUCCUAAAAAAAACUCGGUUGUUAUAAUAGCUGCUUCAAAUAAUGAGAAUAAUCAAGAUCAUUUGGAAAGUUCUUAUGAAAUUGGCCAAAUAGUAGAUAUUUUCAACAUACAAAGAGUGUCUAGAGAUGGUUCCAAAAAAAUUAAAACAAUGGCUUUAAUAAACUCAAUUAAAACCUUAUGUGUUAAAGAUCACCAAAAUGAUAAUAUAUUGUCAUUCAAAUCACAAUUAGAUCAUCAAAAGAAUAUACAAACAACUUAUAAAUUGAUUGAUUCCAAAUCAAUCAAAAGUUUGGUGUUCCAAUGUGAAAUAGGUGAAGAGAUAUUCUUUUUUCUGAAAAGUGCCAUCUUUGAUUUCAAACAUUUGUUUACUACAUAUUCUGUAUAA